AUGUCGCUGCUUUGCUGUGAUUUACCGGAGGGGCAGUGGAUAGAUGUGUAUGGUGAUCCAGUGCGGCCGCGGCGUUCAGGUUUUGAAUGCCCGUUAGAUUUACUUCAGAUCUUUGCGUGGGUCUUCAUUGUGUUCCUAGCUAUGCUGCACUACACUCUGCACGUGCCGUUUUUGGGACCUGUGUUGUGCAUUGUCAUCGCCAGCGUUUCUGGCGUUUUUUUCAUGAUCAUCGUUACGCUGAAGAUCUCGCUUUCACUUAGUAAGAUCGAGGAUCCUGUCAUAUUUCGCACGGACUUGCCUCGGCUGGACCAGACUGAACUGACGCUGGAGGCUGCUCCAUCCGGCACGGUGCCCUGCGUAUUCUGCCGUCGUUUUGUAAAGGCUAGUAGCAAACACUGUGGGGUGUGUGACAAAUGCGUGCCUGGAUUUGAUCACCAUUGUCGCUGGUUGAAUGCUUGCGUCGGUGUGGCUAACUACAAGCAUUUUUGUGUCUUUAUGUGGAUGGCGUGGUGUGGUAUGGCUUACCUCUUUGCGGUCGGAUUGUACGUUCUGAUCGAUGCCAUUCAAGUGAGAGAGAAAUACGAGGACAUUUUACAUCGCCGUUAUCAUUCCAGCCACUAUACGAGCUACAUAGUGUUACUCUUCAUUCCACUCUUGUUGUGCGCGGCAAGCAUGUGCGUCCUUGGACAUCUCAUUAUCUUUCACGUGUACCUUUGUUGCACCCACAAGACGACGUACCAGCACAUGGUUGAAAAGCGUGAGAGGAAACGUGAACACCGACGUUUAGAAGGUCUUCAGGAACAAAUGCAGGGUAGGAAUGAUAAACAAGGCUUUUGUUCCUGGCUUUCCAUCCGUAAACGUCGCGAUUUUAGGAAGUACAAGCGAAGAAAAGCUGACAAUAACAAUGCCGCUCAAAACAACGAAAAUAACGGUGACACGAUGCAGUUUACUGUAGUUCCCACGCAGCCAUCGUCCCAGGUUCCACAGGAACCUUAUCCAAAUGAUACCCAUUAA